CUCGGAUGGUCGCACCGCUCGCGACACCGCGCGCACUUCCGCAAAACGCACGUGCAAAACCUUUGUGAUAAAAAAUUCAUCAUGCAUGCGAAAAGUUUACAAGUGUUCAGUGUGUCGAGCCCGCUCGAUCUGUAACUUUGUUCAACAUUUUUCGUUAAGGUGGAGGGUAGGGAGCGCGGGGCGCGCGGCGCGGGGUGAUGCCGGUGCGCAAGGGGCUGCUGGCGCCCCAGAACACCUUCCUUGACACUAUCGCCACACGCUUCGAUGGCACACAUAGCAACUUCGUGCUGGGGAACGCGCAAGUGCCAUCAUACCCUAUCGUGUACUGUUCGGAUGGGUUUUGCGAGCUGACGGGGUGGGCUCGAGCGCACAUCAUGCAGAAGGGCUGCGCGUGCAAGUUCCUGCAUGGCCCGGACACGAGGGAGGAGCACCGCCAUGAAAUCGACGCGGCCCUCGACUCCAAACAUGAACUCAAGCUUGAACUCAUUUUCUACAAGAAAAAUGGCACGCCGUUCUGGUGCUUGCUCGAUAUCGUCCCAAUUAAAAAUGAAAAACGAGAAGUGGUUUUGUUCCUCGCCUCUUUCAAGGAUAUCACCAACACCAAGAUGGCCGCCAUGAACACUAAUGAGGAGUUCGACAGCGGAGCCGCGGUGCGGCCUUCGGCUGGCGUGGUCACUCUAGCGUUAUCCCCAUUUGUACCCGCAGCGGCACUUUUGGGCGCCCGGUUUCGAGCUGAAUCUAGUUGCCUACUUCCAGACCCGAAUGGCAAUCUUGACCCCGAAGCGCCCUCGCCCGCGAACAUGGGCAGACGGCGCUCCAGGGCAGUUCUUUACCAGCUUUCAGGACAUUAUAAACCAGAUAAGGCGAAGAGUAAAUUAAAACUCAACAAUGUUAGUAAGAACCUUCUGCACUCAUCCGAUCCUCCGCUGCCCGAAUACAAAACGUCGGCAAUAAAAAAGUCAAGAUUUAUUAUAUCACAUUAUGGUGUUUUUAAAACCUUCUGGGACUGGCUGAUCCUUAUAGCCACAUUUUACGUUGCUGUUGUGGUUCCUUAUAAUGCCAGUUUUGUUGAUGAAGGCCACCCAAGAAUUAGCGUUACGAGUGACGUCGUUGUAGAAGCUCUAUUUAUUAUUGAUAUUAUGCUCAAUUUCCGGACGACAUUUGUAAGUAAGAAAGGAGAAGUAGUGUCCGAUUCUAAAGCAAUAGCCCUUAAUUAUAUCCGGAGUUGGUUUGUCGUGGAUCUCCUGGCCGCGCUUCCGUUUGACCUACUUUAUGCUUCAGACGUAUACAGCGGUGCGGAGUCGACCCACGGGAAUGUGCACCUUGUUAAAUUAACUCGGUUAUUACGACUCGCUCGUCUGCUGCAAAAGAUGGACAGAUAUUCGCAGUACUCAGCCCUUAUACUUACUCUAUUGAUGCUGUCUUUUAGCCUAGUAGCGCAUUGGCUGGCUUGUAUAUGGUUCAUAAUAGCUGAAAAGGAGAUUGACUACCAUAGAAAUGAAAGUUGGGACUUAGGUUGGAUCAAUAACUUAGCGGACAGGUUGAAAGUGCCGAUCGGCAACAUAUCGCACAGCGAAAGCUAUGUAACAGCACUGUACUUCACUUGCUCGUCGCUCACCAGUGUUGGCUUUGGGAACGUGUCAGCAAACACUUUGCCUGAGAAAAUUUUCAGCAUACUCACUAUGUUGGUUGGAGCUUUAAUGCACGCUGUAGUCUUCGGUAAUGUGACCGCUAUCAUACAAAGGAUGUACUCCCGUCGGUCGAUGUACCAAAGCAAAUGGCGGGAUCUCAAAGACUUCCUAACGAUCAACCAAAUACCGAAAGAGCUGAAACAGCGUAUGCAAGACUACUUCCAGACAAUGUGGUCGCUCAACCAUGGCAUUGAUAUACACGAGACUCUAAAGGAAUUCCCAGAAGAGCUACGGGGGGAUGUUUCGUUACAUUUGCACCGGGAGAUAUUAUCUCUUCCGAUAUUCGAGACUGCAUCCCAGGGUUGCCUCAAGCUAUUAUCACUGCAUAUCCGUAACAAUUUUUGUGCCCCCGGGGAGUAUUUGGUCCACAAAGGAGACGCGCUUACUUACAUUCACUACAUUUGCAACGGGUCCAUGGAAGUUAUGCAAAACGAUAUGGUAGUCGCUAUCCUUGGGAAGGGUGAUUUGGUCGGAUGUGAUAUGAAUGCCCACUUACAAGCGCACAAUGGAACGGGCACUUCGCAGCCAAAUAACCCUGACGUAGUAGUAAAAUCGAGCAGCGAUGUGAAGGCUUUAACUUACUGUGAUUUAAAAAGUAUAAAUAUGAUCGGGCUUGCUGAAGUAUUACGACUGUACCCUGAGUAUCAACAGGUGUUUAUGCACGACAUACAACACGAUCUCACAUACAAUUUAAGAGAGGGCUACGAGGCCGAACAGGAAUCUGAUGGGAAUGGACACCCGUCGCUGACCCUACCGUCUAUUUCAGAAGAUGACGAAAAUGCUGCCGAAGAACAUGCACUGUCCCCAAAAAAGCCUUUAUUAUCUAGUACGAAUAGUCCACGACAUGCAAAAUUUAGGUCAGAUGGAACACAACGCCUUACCCAUAAAGAAUUACGAGAGAGAAUCGAAAGACAGCGCUCCGUAGCAACACCCAAGAUAACUCGAGCUGACUCUUUGGAAGGCCUAAAUUUAGAAAUGCAUAAUACUCGCUCCUCAGUGGACAGGCUCGACACACAAGUGUCCAGCUUACAUCACGACGUCGCCGCUCUUAGUAUAGAGGUUCGAAAUGCAAUUCAAGCUUUACAAGAAAUGACGGGUCCGGUAUGGCACGCUGCUCACUCGAAUCCUAAUCUGCAAUGGAACUCUCCACCUAACCAACUGGCACGAAGUUGCAGCCAUCCACCGGACGUUUUCUGCUGGGAUCAGCAAGAGCGGUCGGUUAGUCCUGAUCGGCCGAAAAUAAAUCGAAGCACACAAACUGAACCAUUCCUACAUUGUGUUACCCAGUACAUAAUGGAGCACCCUGCAACUGUGAUGCUCCUUCUGGGCCUAGACCCAAUGGCCAAUUUGGCGCCAGUCAUACAACCAACUGUCGAGUACUACGAUACGAGAAAUCGUCGGCCAAGCGGCCUCGAGCAGAUCAUCGAGUCGGAGAAUGGGAGUCAAACUCCAUCUAGCUCGGCCAGCGAUAAGCCCGAACUGACGAGGAGCCCCAGUGGAAGUGCUAAAGAUCUCGACCUUCAGCCAGAAGUUAAAAGGUUAUUAGAAAAAGACAAAAGUGCCAGUUUGAAAAGAAAUAGAUACUCUGCUAGUGAUCUCUAUGAUGUGAACGAACGAUUGUUACCAACAAAGACCUCGCAUCCGAGCACUUACAGUCUUAAAAAUAAUAUUAACAGUUAAGUGAUCAUAAUUCCAAUCUGCUCAUUAGUCAAUAGUUUCAAGUGGACUCUGUGUUAUUAAUAUUACUUACUUUGAAGUCAAUGGGCACUCGUCUGUCGCUUAAGGUGGAUCCACACCUGCGCUCGCGCACGAACCAUGCACAUAGCAUCAUAAUAAUAUAACGUGGACGUGUCAACGUACGUGUGGUUUGCGAGCGGUUUGCGUACAUGUUGCACAAGUUGCACACGUUCUUGAGUUUUUGGGAGUGAGUACAAACAGCGUGUCAAUAGAUAUGUUCGAUGCGCUUUGUCUGCAUGGUUCGUGCGCAUACGCAAGUGUGGAUCCACCUUUAUAGACCGAAUAAAAAAUAUCCUUUAAAACGGUGUUGCUUUAUCAACGAAUCAUAUGUUGGGUAACUACUAAUACAUAUUAAUUAUGUACAUAUCAAUAUAUUUAUGUAAAUGACUUCAUUGUUAGUUUAGUAUUACCUAGUUACUUACUGAUUUAUCUAGUCACUUGAGUAGUAAUUAAGAGAGAGUUGAUGAUAUGAGUGCAUAUCUCAAAUAUAUCCUGCAAAUUGCAAUAUCGACAUAUUAAUAAUAUUAUAUUAUCAUGAUUUUAUUGGUUUUAGAUAAAUCAUUGAAGUCCUUUUCUGUAUUUUUCAUAAUAAUAUAGUUCUUGAAAAGGGCGAAGAAACAAAAUAUAUUUUUAUAUACCUAUACUUUUCUUGAAAACUAAAUUUUCCCGAAAGAUGUGCCAAAUUUUUUAUGUAACUUUAUUACUUGUAAAAGUAGUACCUAUUCCUCUAGUACCUUGGGACCUUUUAUGGUAAAAUUGUGUUUUAAAUUCUAUUUUAGACUCCGUGAUUUUGAAACAAUAUACUUACCUAAAAGUACCUCCUUCUCCGAGAAGCUUAUUAAUUUAUAAUAAUCAACACUUUAGAAAAAAGAACUAAAUAAGUAUUUGUAUUCUUGGAUCGUCGAAGCAGAAAUCGUAAUUAUAGAAAUUUUUACAGUUUAAGAAUUUAACUUUUACUUUGAAUUUAAUGAAUAUAACUACCUACUUAAAUAUUUAAAAAAAAUUGGCUAUAGUAAUUUUUUGAAAUAUAGGCUGAAUAAACUAAGAAAAUCAUUACCUACCUAUAAGAAUUAAUGCGUUUAUGUGCCAAAAUAAUAAAAAUAUUAUGAUAGUUGUUAAAAAUGAUGUGAAAAUUUUCCCUAGGUGUAUGGUGGUACUGUUAGAUUGGAUUUGAUCUCAAAUUAGUCUUACACAGUAGAUAUACCUACCAAGCCUUAUCCAUUAAAAACAUAACAUUUUAUUUUUUAGAUUCUUUAUUAUUAUUUUUAAUGUUUUCACUGAGCGACGAAGUAAUUCUAGUUUAUUACUUCAGUCUAGCCACUUAAAUGGUUACACGAAAAAUAAUCUAGUAAUUAUGUAAAACAAUACAUUUAAGCAAUAUUAAUUACGUUAACGUUUAAUUAGAAAUAUCAUGUAAUGCCAUUUUCUACUUUCCACAUCUCCGAACCCUUAAAACAUUUUCCAUUAACAUAAAAAUCCAAAGAUACACAGUUCCUUAAGUAACUCUGAGCUCUUAAGCGUGGUACACACUAGCGAGCUGUAACUGUUGCACGUUACUGUUACUAAAAAAACAUUGUUUGUAUAACUAUACUAAUAUGUGGAACUCGCGAGCCGAGCCGGCCGGCGGUGAUUGUCGGUUUUUGCCUCAAAUCAAAGGACGCUUGCAGACUGCAGUGCGGAGGUCAGUUUGACGUAACGGUUACUAUACCAAUAAUAAUAAAUAAAAUUAUUAUUGUUGACAUCGUGUAUAUACGAGAAUCUUGUUACUUUAUCUGUAUGGUUAACGCACAACAGACGGAAACGUUUAAGUGCGGAAACCAGCCCAGAGAGAAGAAGAUCUGUAUGGUUACUGUUACAACUCGCUAAUGUAUAUUCAGCUUUAUAAGGUUUCGACAUUUACACGAGAAUCAACUAGACUUCAAGUCUAGUGUUCUUUUUUGAGGCAGUUAUUUACCUUACUUCUGACUGUGGCGUCUUUGUGUGUGAUUUGUGUAACUGUGUAUCUUGUUUCUUUGACUGGACGCUCAUUGACUACUAUAUGAAAUUAUAUAGUGACCUGAGUGAUCGCUUGAUUUCAGCAUCUGACCGUCUGAUUUUCAGCAUCGUAUCUUCUAUCGGACGUACGAAUGGAAGCAUUAAGACUAUUACCCGUAUUAGAGAAGCUUGAGCUUCUUCGUAAGAAGCAUGGCUGUUAAAGGUUAGGCGCUCCGGCGAUAGAAGCCAACGUGCGUCCAGUUUUAGUGUACCUAAGUACCUAUAUCUAAAAAAUAAUUUUGUUAGUUCAAUUAAAUUUAUUCAAGUGAGUGUUAUAGUAAAAGCGAAACGGAAGCGAGGUAAUAAAAUGUUCAUGGAAACUGGGACGCAGUUCAAUUGAAAAUAAAUGUUCGCGGUUCGUUUCCGUCAGAUUAUUACGGUUCUCUUCAUACCUAAGUACUUACUCAUGGCUCGAGAGAGCGUAGAUUUUUUUUAGGAGGUGCUUCAUAAAAGCUGAAAAGUAAGGUUGUUAUUGACGAACAAGAUCUGCCAGCUGAAUUCGUGGUUGGUUCACACAUAUAGAAUUUUAUGUCUAAUUGCCACCAAUUUCGUGAUUCGACGCCAGCUCUCUAAUACUGAAGUAAAUUUCAGAUGAUUAUAGAAAUCUGACUUGAGACAUCCAGGAAGCGUCAGAAGCGGACAUCGAUUCGAUCCGGCUAAAUUCUACGUGGUCUUAAGCAGAGUGCCUCCAAUUUUUCUUUCAUUCUUAUUACAGUAUUCAAACAAAUCGUUAUAAUAAGCGGCUAGCCUAAAUACGCUUGCUGUUUCAACAGAAUCGGCUACCACCAAUCCAGCUGACAGGUCUUGUGCAACAAACACGCAACGCAAAAAAAACUAGUACAUUCAAAACUUACAGCUUAGCACCUCCACAAAAUUCACCACGGGCUCUCGAACCACUAAUUCAUAGUUACUGUAACACUGGCUGAAAUCAAAGUGAGACAUAAAUUGCAUGUGUAUUUCUCGCGAAAGGUAGUUAAAAAGUCUAUGAUAAUAAUCAAUAAGGUGUAUUAUCAUAGUAGCUGCUAUGUACACAUUGCACAUUAUAGCGGAUAAUCUUCUUCAGUUCUCUGUUAGUCUAGAGUUGCUUUUCAUAGUGGCAAAGCAGACUUCUAACUUCACCUGAGUUAAGAAAAGCUAUUAGAACCUACUAUGCAAGAAAUACCAAGUAGGUAGGUACUGCCCCGCAAAAUACUCUGAAUUUCAACGUCUAAAUGAGUCUAUCUUUUAUUUCCUUGGUAAGUAAGUACUCAGCGAAGAUUUAACUGAAUGUGUACAAUGUACAUAUCUGGUAGUUACUGUGCUAAUUCACCUUAGAAGAACGGAAACGCUUACUAGAAUAAAUGACUUAUUAAACAUGUGUGUACGUACGGUGUACCUACGUUAUACUCUGUAUAGAGAAUGUGAUAUGAGGAAAUAUAACACGUGCAGUGCCUAAAUUAUUCUUAUUUAUUUAAAUAAUAAAAUACUUGAGAUUUUAUUGUAAUCUUAAAGUCAGUAGAGGCGCACAAUGUAAGAUAAAAAUAUUGUGCGUGUUAAGCUAAUAUUUUUUGUAUAUAGACGUUAUAAAUUGAUCUUUCUCUUGUAGUACAAAAUUAGUUUGGUAAAUUAAAUAAAGACAAAUUGAUGUU